AUGGCGCCAGUUGAGACAGACCACGGAGGAGGCUCGCUGUCUAUAAUGCUGACAGCAUCUCGGCCUGCUAUCGCCGCUUACCUGUCCUACAUCGUCGGCAAGACUCGAUUCAGAGGUGUUGAGGAUGCAAACUCCACCUUUGUACAUCUCGGCCCUUGGCUGAGGGACACUUCUGUCGCCUUCGACGCGCUCGAGAUCCUCGCUGAGAAGACACGACGAUUGUGGUGGGGGCAGCAGUUGGACUCCGCUAUUGUCGCCUGGAUAACACUGCUGGCUAUUGAGGGUCAUCGACGCUACAUCCCCCAUCUAUGGGCAUAUGCUCUGUUGGCGCAUUUGGUCGGCUUGUCGUAUGCCCAAAAUUUGUUCUACAUGGCUAUGCUUCUCGCACCAUGGCCCUUCUCGCCACUUGAGACAAGACUUUCCAAGACCUUCCACCAGUUCUUUCCUCGGAAACACGACAACUGGUUCCCCAAGCUCGCCCCAGUCUUGGGUUCCCUAGCACUAAGCUACGGCGCCAUAGGAUGGCUAUCUUAUGCAGCAAACACUUCAUGGUUUGCGAUGGCUGCUGUACUUUCCAAGCUCAUGACACUCUCUCCUCUGAUUUUGACGACAGUGGCCCCUUCAUCUUGGGGCACAACUCACCCCUCUUCACGAGAUAUCCACCGCGAAACAACCAAGGUCUUCAACAUGAUAGCUCUAGCAAGCAGCAUUCUUCACGCUAAGACCAGCCUUUGCAGCUUUCUGUAUAACCUCCCUGACGCCUACAGACAUCGACACAGCAUGUACAUCCCCUACGACACGGAGCGCCGGUCCCGCUGGGAACGUACUGCAACAGCCAUUGAGAAGGUUCUCGGAUCCAUGGCCGAUCACCCAGUUGUUGCGGCAGCAGGCAAGGACGUCCUGCUGUCAGGUCUGAGCCUAGGCCUAUGGGCUGCCGUUCGAGCCCUCGACGUAGGCUGCAUGUUGCGGUCAGUAUUACCCUGGUCAAAGUACCACCUACAUACGGAAGAGACCAAGUCGGGCCCGGAAGCCCCAUCCUACGCUCAAGUCGCAGCCGCGGCAUCAGCAGCAGCAAAGAAAGCCGCCACCGACCGCACAAUCCAUGCCGAGCUCCGCAAGUCCUCAACCCAGGGCUACGGACACGCUCACCACGAAGUUCCCCCUCUGACCAUGAACCUCCGGCAGCGCCGGCAAUCCUCCCUCUCCUCCGAAACUUUCAUCGGCCACACCCACAAACCCGUCUCCCCAACCAAGAAGCGCGGCCCCGGCCGCCCACGCAAGAUCAACCCCAACCCUGACUCUAAACCCCCGUCCCCACCGGACACCGAGCCCUCAGAGCCGUCGCCCACGAAACCAAGCUUGAGCUUGAUGGAGGGUGAGGAAGAGAAGCAGCAGCUGGAGUCGGAACUGAGGGAGUGGCAUGAGCAUCCGACGACACAGUUGCCGAAGAAUCGGAUCGGAAGUGCGGCGAAGUUGGCUGGAGAGGAGGAAGGGCAGCCGGAUUGGGAGAGUGCCGCGCUUGCGUGGGGGAUGACGGUGUUGGGGGGAUUGGGCGUUGGGAGUGCGGGGGUGUUUGGAGGAGAGGGGGUAAAGGUUUAG